AUGCCGAGCACUGUGGAGCAAUCGCUUCCGCCGCUUUUUGUACUGCAAGAGCAUGCGGAUCCGGUUCUCAGCUGCAGGUUCUACCCAUCGGAAGUUUACCAGCGAGAUGAAUCAAGCUGGUUCCUAUCGGGAGAUGCUGGUGGUCUUGUAGUGUUGUGGAACCUUUCCACAAGGCGCAAGAUGAUCUCGUUCUCGGCCUUGACGGAAGCUCACCGACAGCUCUGUGGCAUCUCACAACACGGUCGUAAUCGCGGCACUCCUACAGGUGGUUUGGUGCCAGAGGACGAGGUGUUGCUGGAGCAAGCUGGUACUCGGGCCUUUGGCCCGCACAGUCAGAGCAUUUUGUCCGUGGGAUUUAUUCCUUUGUCGCUUUCGUCUCCGCAGCCAAUAGCAGUCGCGGAGAACAGAGGUGUUGUUGACUCAUUGGUGCGUGGCUCAGAUGCAGAAGUAUCGAGCGGUACUGUGUGCCCCGCCGUUGUUGACCAUGCCGUGAAGGGUACCAGUGAUUGGACGCACCCAGGGCGGCCGCGAUUUCGGCUUUCCCGACGGGCACCAACCCGCAGCGUCAGUUGUGAGCAGGCGUCUUCUUUAUCAAUGGGGAACGUUCUGGAUAGCGGUGCACCGGGGUUCGCCUUCACACCCUCGUCAACAAUUUGCUUUUACACACACUGCCGCGAUCAACGGGUGUACAUCUGGUGCCUCGAGCGCCAGUGCACUGAUGCACCUGCUUCUUCACCGCCCACUCGAGUACCGCAGCUUGUCGUGGUGCUCACCGCCCCGCAGCACGGCUUCUGUCCAGUGGAGAGCAUCUCGAAGACCGCGGGCCCUUUUACGCGGACGUACCUCGCCGUUCCUCACGAGUCGGGAGGUGAGGUGACGGUCUGGGAGUUGUCAUGGCGUCAGCCCAACAGCACUCGUCUCACGAGCACAAGAGAGCUGGAAGAAAAAGGGGCUUCCAACAGGCCCCGCUCGUCGUCGGGCAAUGCGAACGUCCUCGAAGAAGAGAAGGAAGACGUUAACACGUCCGGGAUGAAUCCGAUGGAUGCUCUCAUUGCACGAGCAGCCGCAGAGGAGCGACGGCAGGCGAAGAUGAAGCAGAAGUCCACCAGAGUCUCCGGACAAAGUGAUUUUGACCAUCCUUCUCCAUCGGCAGCCUUUCCUGAUUCUGUGAUUUCUAGGGGCGAACGCGCCUCGAUCCUGUGCUACGUUGACCCUGCAGCCACCACAACGUCCAGCAACUUCUCAGUCCGGCGCUUGUGCACCUUUUCGGCGUGCCCCACGUUCAAGGGAGGCACAAUCAUGCGCCUUACCAUGUGCCACGACGCGCAGCACCUUACUGUCGCAUUUGAGAGCGGCCACAUUGUGUUGGCACGCUAUCGCAACGCAGACGUGACUGACAUGGCAGACCAGCCGGGAGGGUCAUGCCACGCUGGUGGAUCUUUGUCUGUUGCUCAGGUGCGCAACGUCACCCGCGCAUUUGCCGACUCGGCGCUGGUCUGCUGGUGGAGUGGUCGGCGCAUGCUUGCCUGCUCCUCGGAGGGCGGCAUGCAUUGCUACGACAUGUCGGCGACAGAGGAGGGCCUUUUGGAGGCGCACCUGGUGUGGAGUGCGACACUGCGUAAAGGGAUUGGUAGCGUCUUCUUGCAAAGGAAUCUCGUCGUAGCCGGCUGCUGGGACAGCACGCUGCGGCUGUACGACGCGCGCGAUGGGCGACUCGUCAGCAUUCUCAGCUACCAAAGAGAGACGAUAAAUGAGGUGCGCACGGCACCGCCGUCGAUCGCGCGGGUGGCGACGUUUGGAUUUGACGUGCGUCAGCCAAGGCUGUAUGCCGGCUUGCCUGGGACUCUUUCAACUAAGAUCACGGCCUGUAUUGCAUCCAACUCGACGGCCGUCACGCAGGGCAACCUGCCACAAUACAGUGAAUCGCCUUCGCGCGAAACCUACGUCGCCGGCACGCCGGCUCCAAACAGCAGCUUGGAAUCUCUGGCUGCAGAGGAGCAGCUGGUAUACUUGUUUGCGUCCGCGAGUAAGGACUGCACUGUGGCGCUCUGGCGUGUGGACCUUGGACUGGUGGUGGAACAGAUGGCUCGCGAAGCCAUCCCUGCUUAA